UGGCAGGCUCGUUAAACUCCUCAUCCUCGUCCUGCACAAUCGAUUCCGUUGCAGGGACAACCGACAAACUGAUGUUACUGAAACGCUCACAGUGAUAACGCUGACACGAUGGAUUUCAACGUCAAGAAACUUGCGUCGGAUGCCGGUGUCUUCUUUACUCGUGCUGUUCAGUACACAGAAGAGAAGCUUGGCCAAGCAGAAAAGACUGAACUAGAUGCCCACUUGGAGAACCUGAUUGCUCGAGCAGACUGCACAAAAAAUUGGACUGAAAAGAUUUUCAGGCAGACUGAGGUGCUGCUUCAACCCAACCCAAGUGCCCGGAUUGAGGAGUUUGUCUAUGAGAAACUGGACAAAAAGCUUCCAUCCAGAACCACCAAUGCUGAACUGCUGGGACAGUAUAUGCAGGAUGCAGCAAAGGAAUUUGGCCCAGGAACUCCAUAUGGCUGCACUUUAAUCACUGUUGGAGAGUAUCAGAAGAGAUUGGGUGGAGCAGAGAGAGAAUUCCUUCACACAUCAGCCAUUAACUUCCUCACACCUCUGAGGAACUUUUUAGAGGGAGACUGGAAAACCAUUUCAAAAGAGAGACGGCUACUUGAAAACCGACGCCUUGACCUGGAUGUGUGUAAAGCUCGGCUCAAGAAGGCCAAGUUAGCGGAGGCCAAGGCUGCUGCUGCGCCAGACUUUCAGGAGACUAGGCCUCGCAAUUAUGUCCUGUCCGCAAGUGCAUCUGCGCUCUGGAGUGAGGAAGUGGACAAAGCAGAACACGAGUUGCGUUUGGCUCAGACUGAGUUUGAUAGACAGGCAGAGGUGACACGCCUCCUCUUGGAAGGUAUCAGCAGCACACAUGUGAAUCACUUGCGCUGCCUGCAUGAGUUCGUGGAGGCACAGGCUGCUUACUAUGCACAAUGUCACAAGCACAUGGAGGACCUUCAAAAAGAACUGAGCAGUGCAAACGGAGAUACGUUUCCCAAUGCGUUUGCCGUGAAUGCCUCCACGUCAGGGGUGUCAUCGGGACCUACUCCCCUUUCCACUGCCACCCUGCCAGGGGCUUCUUCACCCAGUCGCCCCCCCAAUGAAUCCAAUCCCCUUGAAUCCAGCACGCUGAAGAUCGAGGAGGUGAAGCCACCAGCCACUGGCACACGCAAGGCCAAAGUGCUGUAUGACUAUGAUGCUGCAGAUACAAGCGAACUUUCACUUCUUGCUGAUGAGCUGAUUACUGUGUACACGGUGCCGGGCAUGGACCCGGACUGGCUUAUUGGAGAACGAGGCAACCAGAAAGGCAAAGUGCCUGUUACAUACUUGGAGCUCCUAAGCUAGAGGCCUACCCCGAAUAAUGAAUUAUGCAUGAAAAAACAUUCAAGCACUCCUGAACACUCAGUGAAUUUAUUAUUUUCCCAAUAAUUUUUAUUUGGAAUACCUUGAUUUACAUUCCGGUCUGUCCUGCUCUGAUGUAACCGUGCACAAGCAUGUGUUACGUGAAACAUAGCUAGGGAUUCAAAUUGCUGUGUGGUUUCAUUUCAACACUACUGUACCUUGCAGAAACAGAAACUGUUAUUAUUUCCUGUGACUGCUAGAUUUUAAUAACGUUUUUCUUACCCUUAAAGUGUCUUAUUUUGUGGCUUUUGCUGAAGGUGGGUGUGAUUUGUCUGUGCAUGUGUGGCUGUGAAUGACUGUUUUCUGUUUAACUGUGGAAUCAGAUCAAUGUUCUUUAAAGAUAAAGAUCACAGUCGCAUACUCCAUAGUGGUCUUAGUUCAAAAUGUUUAAAAAGAAUAUACGUGUUUUGAAGUGUGUUAAAGCUUUCAUGUCCUGUUACAUCUUAUGUGAAUUACUUUGAUCUGUUCAUUUAGAAAAAGAGCUCCUUAUCCUUUUCGAAGUGUAUUCACUUCCACACAAUUGGUGGCUUUAUAAUUUCAUCUGUCUUUGAUGCUUGUUCCAAAAAGCCAUGUAUACUGAAUGACAAUAAAUGUAAUUAAGUGAAUACAACUUAAUUAUAUAUAAUAAAGAUAUGUGUAGAUUU